AUCAACUUUCCACCGCGAACCACGCGCGCAAUCCGUUAAAAAAUGAAAAUCGACUAGCCAACAAAACAAUCGAGUAUAUCAUGCAAUAUCGAUUAAUCGACUAAUCGGAUUUAAACAAACACAGACAGUGGAAGAUGAAAGUGAAAUUCCAAUAGUGGCCGACAACAUGUUAGCGAAUUGUUUGAAAGUGUUUCUCCUCAUGAUAGCGGCGUUCACGAGCGCCGAGCGGAGUCGCGCGCUGAGCCUAGUCUAUCCUUCUCGCAAUGUCCCAAUGUUUGUCCCAAAGCGGUACCAUUCCCGCGUUUUAUUCCUCGACGAGGACGAGUUCGGUCGCGGCGAGAUAGACUUAACUGACAAGAGAAAAACAGAGCGGAUCAAAUUCGACGAGACGCCAGAUUACGAAUUCACAUCUGACGAUGAUAAACUGAAAGUCAUAGACGGUCUGUCGCACAACGAACGGUUCUAUGAGCCGCGUUUUAGGGGCUUAUACCCGAAGUUGUAUCAGGGGCGGUACGGGAGGACUUACGCGCCGAGUUUUUCUUUCGAACCGUAUGUACAGCCAUACGCACCACCGAGGAAUAGUUUUUACGCGCCAACGAGCGGUUGGCGGGCGAGAUCGCCACGCGUAGUGUUCCCUUACGCUCCAGAAACCGGGAACUCAAUACACACAAACUCCCAUUCAGGGCCCAGUUUGAAUGACAAUGUUGUGUUCCGUGAACAGAGUAUUGGCACGAACGAUGUAGCUCCCGAGGAUCAGCUGCAGGACAUCGCCGGGGACGCUUUCACCGAGAGAGAUGCCAACGACCCACAUCGAGCUCAGAAAAUUUACAAACGAAUGGAGUUUAAAACGAGAACAUUUUACGUACAAAAAAUGCCCUAUAAGCUACAAAAACCAAUGUUCGUACAAACAGAAACGAAGCUGCCAUAUAUAAAAAGAAAUUCUUACGAGUAUCCGAACUCGACGCAAGAAGUGCCAGAGUUCAAGCCAAUAUCCGAUGCACAGAUAACGAAAAUAAAUCAGUUAAUCAAGGAUGUUGCUAGUACAAAAAACGUGCCACAGAGUACAAAUAGUUAUAGACAAGGGAGGAAUUUAGAUAGUAUACCAAGUGAUAGUAAAAUAUUAGAAUCCGUGACCGAUCUACCCGAGAAAGACAGAAAAUAUGAGGACGCUUGUCCGCAAGGAGGGACUUGUGAAUUCUUCCUAGCCUGUUGGAUGAAGGGCGGGCUUCUAGAAGGUUCUUGUGGUGGUUUGCUUAAGAGUUGUUGCCACAGAGUAGCAAAAUCUGGUCUCCUUGGAGUGCAAGACUCGAAUAGUAUCGAAUCGCCUUUCGAAGGAUUCAGUUAUGGUCCCGUUAUAAAUGACGAGAGUUGCGGCGUAGCAGUGGGCAAGCAGACAGCUCAACGACGUAUCGUCGGCGGCGAUGACGCGGGCUUCGGGACCUUCCCGUGGCAGGCGUACAUCAGGAUAGGAUCAUCCAGAUGUGGGGGUUCCCUUAUAUCCCGCCGCCACGUGGUCACGGCGGGACACUGUGUAGCACGGGCACAACCACGUCACGUGCGCGUGACGUUGGGCGAUUACGUCAUCAACUCGGCUGCAGAACCCCUGCCUGCGUAUACGUUUGGAGUUAGGACUAUUAAGGUUCACCCACUCUUCAAAUUCACGCCACAAGCUGAUCGGUUUGAUGUAGCUGUUCUCACUUUAGAUAGGAAUGUUCACUAUAUGCCACAUAUUGCGCCAAUCUGCCUGCCCGAGCGCGGGUCGGACUUCCUCGGGCAGUACGGCUGGGCAGCCGGGUGGGGCGCGCUGAGCCCGGGCUCGCGGCUGCGCCCGCGCACGCUGCAGGCGGUGGACGUGCCCGUGUUGGACAACCGCGUGUGCGAGCGCUGGCACCGCGCCAACGGUAUAAACGUGGUGAUCUACCCAGAGAUGUUAUGCGCGGGCUACCGGGGCGGUGGUAAGGACAGUUGUCAAGGCGAUAGCGGUGGGCCACUUAUGUUGGAACGUGCAGGUCGUUGGUACCUUAUUGGUGUCGUAUCUGCUGGGUACUCGUGCGCUAGUCGCGGCCAACCGGGUAUAUAUCAUAGAGUCGCGCAUACGGUGGAUUGGAUCUCGCAUGCCACUACGCUACCCUAGCACCCCACCAGUGACUCUAGAACUCUAGUGGUCUACCAGUAGAGCUGUAUAACCGGCUCUAAAGUCCGGACGCGAACUAGGAAGAAUUUCGUACAUUAACCUGUUAUUACCUGUCGCUGUCACUCUCGCGUAAAUAUAAUAAUGCGUAUUGCUCGCACAGAUGCAAUGACCGCCGUCCUCAGGGAUUGUAAACCUUUAACCUGAGAGCGUAAUGUUUGUUCUUGAUUGCAUAUGGUUUUUUAUUGAUCUUGAGUCACGACAAAAUGUAUCGUAUAAUAUAUUGUGGUUAUUGAAAAAAUUAAAAUGUUACUAAUAAAGUAUUGUAAAUGAAUAAAGGACAUUUAUUUAAUAAGUUAGUAAAAACAAUUUCUCCUCCAAAUAUUUCAUGUAAACUGCACUUCAUUCAAAAAUGUUUGUGACCACUGUCAGUAGGUAAAGAGGUCAUUGUACGAAAUUCUUCCUGCUCCGCGACCGGACUUUACCACCGCUAACAGGAAAUGAUCGUUUAAUAUCGAUUGGAUGUCCCAUGCUACGACUCUACCGUAGCGCUCUACCUAACUCUACAAGCAACGCUAUCGUGGGAUAUAGCUCUACCACCACACCGCUAACAGCAUUGAUUGGAUCUCACAUGCCACGACUCUACCAUAGCGCUCUACAGUGGCUCUGCCGUAUUACUCUAUAAGUCGCGUCAAGUAAAAAGAACGCUGACGGUUAAGCUGCGCAUUGGCGAUUUAUCGGUCUAUUUGGUGUUAUGAGGUGGUAUAAGAAUAACAAAUAGGUAGUUGAGAAGCCACGAUUCGCGAGCCUAGUUCAAAAAUAAAAUAAUCGGCACAUAGCUUACGUGCAAAACUCGAUCCAUGCGCAAACACACCCCAUCACUUUCAUCCAGCGUUCUUUUUACGUGACGCGUACUCUACCCGUAGCGCUCUAUGAGUAGCGCUGAUAAGCUAUUUUGUCCAGCUCUACCAGUGCGUUAGGCACGUUGCCAUUUUGAUUUGACAACACCAUCCGGACGUUCCGCCCGGCUUUACCCUACUAAAUAUUUUACGACGAAAGAUAAUAUUUUUCGACACGAAAUCGUCGAUAAUAACCAACUAAUAGUGUAAUCCAUCAAACCACUCGAACAACCAACACUGGAUAAAGCAUGGAGAUGGACAUUAAUAAAUGUCGACAAGAAGUCGUAAUAUGGUGAACCAUAGACAAGUUUCCAACAGCUCAAAGAAAAUCUCGAUCAGGAUAAAGAUAUCACCCUAUCGACUUAUCUAUAGGUACUACUUUUCCUACCAAGAACGUUACGAAUGUGCUCAAUAUUUUUACACACAGCAACCCUAAUGAGUUUGCUCAAUAAUUCAGUACAUACUGACUGAUUUGAAUUUGAUUUCGAAUAAGAAAUCUGCUUUAGUUGCAAGUUUUUAAGAAACACACGGCCCUUAAUUCUACCAGCGCGCAUGAAAUGUUAUUUUCAUAAUAUGCCCCUUUAUACUGUCCCGUGUAUUUUGUCAUAUUUAAAUAUCUUAUUCACAGUAUAAGUUAGAAUUAGGCUAUCUUCUGGUUACCAUUAACACUUGUCAUGAAGAAGCGCCUGAUAAAUAAAAACCCUCUUGCAUUUUUAUAAUUGCAAAGUUUGAAAUAACAUUGCAAUUUUUAAGUUGAAUAACAGUAAUUUUAUAGAUUUUUUUCCUCUGUAAAUAUGUGGUAAUUUUUUUAAUACAUCAUUUGUCUAUGACCUUUUUUGUACCAUAGACAAUUUUCUUUUAUUCAAUUGCCAAACGCAGUUUUUUAAUAAAUAAAUGCAUAAUACAUUUUACGAAAUACUCUAUUAUUUUAAUGUGUGUAGUGUUUUUAAUAUGUGAUAAAGAAUGUUACAAUGAAAGGCAAUAAUAUUAAAUAAAUUAAGUGCUCUAGCAUUUGUAAAUAUAUCUAUAUAUAGAUGUAAAUAUUUUUUUUAAAAGAUUAACCUUUACAACCCGUAUGAAUUAACUUGAGACCUGAGCCGAUGACGUAUUUUCAAUUUAAUAUUAUAGGUACCUUUCCAAAAUGUGUGCGUGUACUAGUGUACACACGCAAGAAGUGAAACUUCUUUAUGACCUUAUUUUUCAAAAAA